CCAGAUCCUAUACCAUUGGCAAAACCAACGACCCCUUCUCCUCUCUCAUAUAUAAACCCUCAUUUCUUUCCGUUGUUCUCAAAAUACCAAUUCACAACUUGGCAUUUCAGAGAGCGAACAAGUAUUAACAGGAAAUCAAAUAGAAAUGCCACCUUUUGCAGGUUCUCAUCCUGGAUUCGAAUCCAACAUAGUUUCCAUCGACGUGGGUGGACAACUGUUCCAAACCACGAAGCAGACACUAACCUCGGCAGGUCCGAAAUCAUUCUUUUCCAGAAUAACCGAAGCAUCACCACUCUACACACCGUUCAUCGACAGAGACCCAGAACUGUUCUCCCUCCUCCUCUCUCUCCUCAGAACCGGUAACCUUCCCUCAAAAGCCAAAGCCUUCGAUCUCCAAGACCUAAUCUUGGAGUCACAAUUCUACGGCAUCGAAAACCUCCUCAUCAAUUCCCUUUCUAGCCCCUCCCAGUUGGAACCCUUCAACCUCCAAAAAUCACUCGUCUUGCCCUUGAACGGACGAGACUCUCCCUCCUCCGUCGCCACCACCCCCUACGGUUCCCUCCACGUCGCCCACGGCAGCAAGAUCACCACCUUCGAUUGGUCCCUCCGCCGCAAAUCCACGAUUCUCACCCACUUCACCGCCGUGGAUUCCCUCCUCGCUAUCUCGCCGUCGGUGGCCGCCGCCGGCGCCAACGACUUCUCCGGCCUGCAGAUUCUGGAUUUGGAAAAGGGGCACGUGAGAGAUACCCUGAACUGGGAGAACGUGACCAAGUCCGGUUCAACGGUCCAAGCCAUUGGGUCCUCGCCGGAGCACCUUUUCGCUAGCUUCGAGUCCUCACGGCGCAACUCGAAUACGAUCGUGGUUUACGAUUUGCAUAGCUUGAGACCCAUCUCGGAGAUUUGUCACAACGAGAUCUACGGUGCCGACAUCGAUUCCGCAAUCCCCGCAACCAAGUUGCAAUGGGUUCAAGGCCACAACUUGUUAAUGGCGUCUGGGUCCCACAGUGGUCCCUCCGGCGUGUCCGGUAACAUAAGGUUAUGGGAUGUUCGGUCCGGCAACGUUGUUUGGGAGAUGUCAGAGAAAGUGGAUUGUUUUGCUGACGUGGCAGUGUCCGAUGAAUUGUCGGUUAUGUUUAAGGUUGGGGUGAAUUCAGGUGAGGCCUACUACGUGGAUUUGCGUAAUCUGAGUGGUGAGAAUUCAUGGGUUUGUCUCGGUGACAAGAGAAAAGUGAUGAAUGGGAAGAAGGAAGGGGUUGGUAGCAAGAUUGAAACGCAAGGGAAUCAAGUGUUUUGCACCAAAGGAGGGAAUGUGGAACUGUGGUCAGAGGUUAUAAUGGGAAAUGCAAAGAAAGAGAGGAUAUUGAAGAAGAACUUGAUGGGGAGGGUACAGGACAUGGGAGGUGCUAAAAUUACCAAUUUGGCCUUUGGAGGGAGUAGAAUGUUCUUGACUAGAAAGGAUCAGCAAUGUGUUGAGGUUUGGCAGAGUUCUUCUCGGGAUCUUUGAUUUCAUAUCAAAUCAAACGUAGGAUUAGUGGCCAAGUGAACAUAGCUCUGUACAUUUUUAUUGUUUUGGGGUACCUAGCUGUCAAUUGUUUUAAUCUUUUUGUAUGAAAUGUCAUCCAGCUAACUGUGGAGGCUUAGUUUUUUUAAUAAUAUGAA